AUGUCGACGACGAAACUGCUCUCAACGGUGGUUUGGCUUUCCAGCCUCUCGUUACCUACCAGAGCCUUGGAUCGAAGAGACGACUUUACCGAUUUCGAAACUGAAGAGGAAAGACAGGGCAAGGGCAAGGGCAAAGGAAAAGGAAAGGGAAAAGGCAAAGAAGGCGUACCGAAUGUUCCCGUCACGACACCCGGACUCGACGCCCUGCCUACAACCGGAACCGAUCCUGCGCCUGUCCUCGGGCCUGGGACAAACAAUGGGGAUCCAAACAAUCCCAACAAUGGAGCACCUCCCCCUAACGAGGAACCGCCCCCUCCUCCGGAAAACCCUCAGGUCCCGGAAAACCCUCCAAAUCAGGACCCCCCUCCACCCCCUCCCCCACCAGAGGAACCACCGCCGCCGCCGCCUCCUCCAGAAGCGCCUGCUCCUCCGCCUUCGCCUCCGUCUCCGCCUCCGUCUCCCCCGGCGCCUACCACCACCUCGGUUGAGAGUCGAAGGUCAACGACAACUCCACGAUCUAGUCCCGUAGUCUCAACUUCGAGACCUCCGGUGCCAUCUGUCUCGUCUUCUCCAACCCCAAUUCGCUCCUUUCCUCCACCGGUCUUUUCACAGCCGAGUGCACCCCCACCAAACUUUCCCCAGCCGUUUCCACGACCAAGCUCAACACCAAAGCUUCCUCAGCCAAGCUCAACGACAUCUCUCAUUGUUGUACUUCCGCCGCCAACUUCAGCUCCACUGACCACGUUGCCGGCACCUGCUCAGCCGACUGAUGCUGGGAGCAGGAGUUCAAACCUCCCGGCGCCAGCUGCACCAAGCUCAACCUCUUUGACUGACCAGCACGGCGCCAUGAGCGGAAAUAAAUCGCAGGGUAUUGAGGGCAACCGUGGCCUUGUGGUUGCUCUGAGCACUGUACUCUCUGUGCUUGGAGUGAUCAUUAUUAUCGGGGCCAUCUUUCUCUGCUACCGUUACCGCCGUGGCCGCCUGCCAUUCAGCCGCCGGGGCAACAGCCCGAUUGAUGAUGAGGAGAUCGAAUCGUGGAAGGCCUGCAGGACAAUUGAGAAAUGUACGACCGUGGUCGUGGAUAAACAUGACUCGGCUGGUUCUAUUCGCAAGCCAGCCAGCGUGAUCGUCUAUCAAAAUCACAACCAGCACCAGCCGCGCCCUUCAACGGAUACCGCACCUCGCUCUCUGUAUCACAAGCGGAGCAUGGACAAGAAGAGUAUUGAUAUCCCUCAAACUCCCGUUCUCGCACGAGCCCCAAACGCCCGCGUUGGCCUCACUGACGACGCCGUCGAGGGUGACCUCGCCUUCCUUCCAUCCCCCAAGCGACAGAACUCCAGACUGUCCAAGUUGCCGUCCCCUCGUCAUGGCAGACAUCGCAGCUCUCGCAGCAGCGCGAGUGUCGGUAGUCUGCGCGAGCAUUGGUAUGGCUACCACACCGACACAGAAAUGUCUCCCCGCCCUUCGGUGGACCCUUACUCCCGGAUGCCUUCUUCGGCACACUCGGAUGGGAGGCACCAGCGGGUUUACUCGUCUCCCUCGAACCCUCCGAGGCUUUCACUUGAUGAGGAAUAUCACAUGGGUGGCCUCUCCCCACGCCCUUUCCUACGGCAAUCAGAAAUUGGUCUUGCCGUAGGCUGA